AUGGAGCAGCAGCACGGCGGGAGCUCGUCGGACGCCACCCACUCCAUCGACGUCGGCAUCGACCCGGAGGCUCCAUCCGCUCACACCUCCAGUGUACCAGUGCGCGGCUGGACAUCAGGUUUGCUCGACCUGCCACGGCAACCUCGCGGACAAGAACAAAUGUACCUCCUGCUUCAUCACCGCUGGCUUCAGCCGGUGCUUCAUCCGUACCAGCUACAGCCGCUGCCACGACGUCGAGCGCAUUCUGUCGUCCGUUCGUGUCGCUUGCCGCAACACCGUCUACGGGUGCACUGCCGGGAAGAUGCUCUACCAGGAGAAGGUGGAGCAUGCCCCAUCAGAGCCGGCUUGCAACCCAAGGUUUAUGUUAUAAAGACAGCCCCCUGCGGUGGCCGUGACGGCAUGGACUGGGAUAUGGACGUGCGCGGCGUCAACCGUAUCACUAAGGUGGUUGUCUGGCACCGCAUUCUUUUUGCGUUCGAUGCCAUGUCGGUGCUGUACGAGCGGGACGGCCGCGAGGAGCAUACCGAGGAGUGGGGAGAACCUUGUGGAGAACGCUCAGAGAUUUGUCUAGAGUUGGACGAGUACCUCAUCGGUGUGAAAGGGCACUUAUGGAAUAUCAGUGACCGGUUGAGUGUGAAAUCGCUCACUUUCAUCAGCAAUCGGCGCACUUACGGGCCUUAUGGGAAGGAGGCGGGUGCGCCGUUCGAGCUCCCGGCAUUGGGUGGCAGAAUCGUCGGCUUCCAUGGGCGCUCCGAUUCAUACCUGAAUGCACUUGGCACCUACAUCAAGAUGGACGCCUAA